UGAGAUCUUCCCAAUCUCCCUUAAUCCAACGGCUCUUAUUCACUGUCGUGUCGUGUCGUGUCUUCUUCUCUUUCUCUCUCAACUUCAUCCACCAUUGUUGUAACUCGUAACCUGCAUCCUAAUCAAGCUUAAGCAAAAAUCACCAUAACCCACUUCUCAAGUUCCAAUUUUUUUUCUGGGUCUCACUCACUCUUCUCGAAUGUUACCUUUGGAUUAUCACUUCCAUUACCUAUCUCCCUUAACCUACAACAACUCCAAAACCCACUACCUCAAUUCCCACGCAAAUUCUAGGGUUAACCUCAUCGACCCAUGUCGUUUUGUCCCUGAUUCGUGUCGUUCUCGAUGUCCGGUUUCACAAACGUUUUGUUUGUGGGGCGGAAACGGAGUCAGAAGAUGGGUAUGUCGUUCCACCAGCGAGACUGAUUCCGCCGCCGGUUCGCCGAGCUCCGGUUCCGGCGAGGAGAAAACUGGCGAGGGUAAGGUGGUUGAUGACGCCGGUUCGCCGAGCUCCGGUUCGGACCGGAGGAGGGAGAAGCAGGGGAAGGGUGGGUGGUGGUGGCGGUGGCAGUGGCAACCCAUAAUUCAAGCGCAGGAAAUUGGGGCUCUGCUUUUGCAAUUGGGGAUUGUGAUUUUCGUUAUGCGGGUUAUCCGGCCCGGGAUUCCGUUACCGGGGUCGGAGCCUCGGGCUCCGACGACGGUUGUGAGUGUGCCUUACAGUGAGUUUUUGAGUAGGGUCAACAGUGACCAGGUGCGGAAGGUGGAGGUUGAUGGGGUUCACAUCUUGUUCAAGCUGAAGCCUGUUGUGGGAACUGGUCAGGGUGGUGAAGUUUCAUGGACUAGUAGUAGGUUGGUGGAAUCAGAGUCUUUGGUGAAGAGUGUUGCUGCAACCAAGAGGAUAGUUUACACCACCACAAGGCCUAGUGAUUUCAGAACUCCAUAUGAAAAGAUGCUGGAGAAUGGGGUUGAGUUUGGGUCCCCGGAUAAGCGUUCUGGUGGAUUCUUUAACACUACAUUGAUAGCCUUGUUUUAUGCUGUUUUAAUUGCGGGGCUGCUGCAUCGAUUCCCUCUGAGCUUUUCUCAGCAUACUGCUGGUCAGAUUCGAAAACGCAAAUCAGGCACUUCUGCUGGUACAAAAUCAUCUGAUCGAGGUGAAACAGUCACUUUUGCUGAUAUUGCUGGUGUGGAUGAGGCUAAAGAGGAGUUGGAAGAGAUUGUGGAAUUUCUUCGAAAUCCAGAUAAAUACACGAGACUUGGGGCUCGUCCUCCCCGCGGUGUUCUAUUGGUGGGUCUUCCUGGGACAGGUAAAACUCUACUAGCAAAGGCUGUGGCUGGGGAAGCUGAUGUGCCUUUUAUAAGUUGUUCUGCUAGUGAAUUUGUAGAGUUGUAUGUUGGCAUGGGUGCCUCCCGUGUAAGAGAUCUCUUUGCAAAGGCAAAAAGAGAAGCUCCAUCCAUAAUAUUUAUUGAUGAGAUAGAUGCUGUGGCUAAAAGUCGUGAUGGUAAAUUUCGCAUGGUCAGCAAUGAUGAGCGAGAGCAAACCUUGAACCAAUUGCUCACUGAGAUGGAUGGGUUUGACAGCAAUUCUGCAGUUAUUGUUCUUGGAGCUACUAAUAGGGCAGAUGUCUUGGACCCUGCACUUCGUCGUCCGGGAAGAUUUGAUCGUGUAGUCAUGGUGGAAGCACCUGAUAGGAUUGGAAGAGAAGCCAUCCUAAAAGUUCAUGUUUCUAGAAAAGAACUUCCUUUAGCUAAGGAUGUUGACCUUGAUGACAUUGCUCGUAUGACCACUGGCUUCACUGGAGCGGAUCUCGCAAACCUAGUCAAUGAGGCUGCUUUAUUGGCUGGAAGAAAAAAUAAAGUUGUGGUUGAGAGAAUUGAUUUCAUCCAAGCUGUAGAAAGAUCUAUAGCUGGCAUAGAGAAGAAGACUGCCAAAUUGCAAGGAAGUGAAAAGGCUGUAGUUGCGCGACAUGAGGCCGGCCAUGCUGUAGUAGGUACUGCAGUUGCAAAGCUUCUUCCUGGACAGCCCCGUGUUGAGAAACUAAGUAUAUUGCCGAGGUCAGGAGGGGCUUUGGGAUUUACUUAUACUCCUCCAACAAAUGAGGAUAGGUAUUUGCUCUUCAUUGAUGAGUUGCAUGGUCGCCUGGUGACCCUUCUUGGAGGCCGUGCAGCUGAAGAAGUUGUUUAUUCUGGUCGAGUGUCGACAGGUGCACUUGAUGACAUACGGCGAGCAACUGAUAUGGCAUACAAGGCUAUAGCUGAAUAUGGUCUUAAUCAGACCAUAGGCCCUGUGUCAAUAGCCACUCUUUCUAGUGGUGGAAUUGAUGAAUCUGGUGGAGCUCCUUGGGGAAGGGAUCAGGGGCACCUUGUUGAUCUUGUUCAAAGAGAGGUGCAAACAUUACUCCAGUCUGCACUGGCUGUUGCGCUUUCCAUUAUCCGAGCAAAUACUACUGUUUUGGAGGGUCUUGGUGCUUAUUUAGAAGAAAAGGAAAAAGUUGAGGGUGAAGAGCUACAUAAGUGGUUAAGAAUGGUGGUUGCACCAACAGAGCUUGCUAUUUUUGUCAAAGGUACGCAAGAGUCUCUUCUCCCAUUGCAGAUAGGUUCCUGAUAGUUAAAGAGCGGUCUAUUACACUAGGAGUGUGGAAUGUGAUUUGGAGUAUGAAUUUUGACAUAAUAUGCUGAAGCCUCAUGACCCGUCAAGUUAUAUCACAGACAGCAUGAGUUCACCUUUACAACUUUGUAUAUUCCUGUAAAGUGUGAAUUCUGGCAUCGUUUUUAACACAGCCAGCCUGUUAUUUGUGUUAUAACUCAAUUCACUCGACCAAAGCCACACGGAAAUGGAAAGAUGCAGAGAUAUAUACAUCGAUGCCCAUUCAAGGAUUUCAUUAGUGCUGCCAGUGCCUCCUUUAUUAAAUUAUUAUACAUGUGUUGCCUUGUUGGUAACUGAAUUUGUUUUAUACUGAUCUGCAAAUGUAAUUGUUACGUAGUUGUAUAUACUUUGGUUAUGUGAAAUAAAUAGGACUCCACUGUAUCUCACUUCGAAAUA